AUGAGUAUCUUCGAAUCUAUCUAUCGAUCGAUCUAUCUACGAGUCUCUUCAAAUCUAUCUACAUAUCUAUCUACGAGUCUUUUCAUAUCUAUCUAUCUAUCUAUCUAUCUAUCUAUCUAUCUAUCUAUGUAUUUAUCAAUCGAUUUAUCUCGUUCUGUUUAUAUCUAUCUAUCUAUCUAUUUAUCAUUUUAUUCAUUUCUUCUUGCUUUCUUUCUUUUUCUCAUGCUUGCUUGCUUUCUUUCUUUGGCCUCUGUCUCACUUUUCCUUUUUCUUCGAAUGCACAAAUUCCUUUUCCCUUUUCCCUCUAUCUUUCUUGAUCGCCCUUUCUUUUUUCUCCCUAUCGUUUUACUCGCUUUUCCUCCUCAUCGCCAGUCUCGCCUUUUGCAUUAUUUCUUGGCACAUCAUUCUUUUUAUUUUUACUCUAGAUUAAACCUUCACUAUCUUUCUCUUUCUGUACAUUCUCUUCCUAUCUAUCUAUCUAUCUAUCUAUCUAUCUAUCUAUCUAUCUAUCUAUCUAUCUAUCUCAAUCAUUUCCUAUCUAUAUAUAUAUAUAUAUUUCAAUCUGUUCCUAUCUAUCUAUCAUUCUGUUCCUAUCUAUCUAUCUCAAUUAGUUCCUAUCUAUCUAUCUAUUUGUCUAUCUAUCGCAAUCAGUUCCUAUCUAUCUAUCUAUCUAUCUAUCUAUGUAUCUAUCUGUCUAUCUAUCUCAAUCAGUUCCUAUCUAUCUAUCUAUCUAUCUAUCUCAAUCAGUUCCUAUCUAUCUAUCUAUCUAUCUAUCUAUCUAUCUGUCUAUGUAUCUAUCUGUCUAUCUAUCUCAAUCAUUUCCUAUCUAUCAUUCUGUUCCUAUCUAUCUAUCUAUAUAUAUAUAUAUAUAUAUAUAUAUAUAUAUUUCAAUCUGUUCCUAUCUAUCUAUCAUUCUCUUCCUAUCUAUCUAUCUCAAUUAGUUCCUAUCUAUCUAUCUAUUUGUCUAUCUAUCGCAAUCAGUUCCUAUCUAUCUAUCUAUCUAUCUAUCUAUCUAUCUAUCUAUCUAUCUAUCUAUCUAUCUCUCAAUCAGUUCCUAUCUAUCUAUCUAUCUAUCUAUCUGUCUAUGUAUCUAUCUGUCUAUCUAUCUCAAUCAUUUCCUAUCUAUCAUUCUUUCCCAUCUAUCUAUCUAUUUGUCUAUCUAUCGCAAUCAGUUCCUAUCUAUCUAUCUAUCUAUCUAUCUAUCUAUCUAUCUAUCUCAAUCAGUUCCUAUCUAUCUAUCUAUCUAUCUCAAUCAGUUCCCAUCUAUCUAUCUAUCUGUCUAUGUAUCUAUCUGUCUAUCUAUCUCAAUCAUUUCCUAUCUAUCAUUCUUUCCCAUUCAUCUAUCUAUCUAUCUAUCUAUCUCAAUCAGUUACUAUCUAUCUAUCUAUCUAUCUAUCUAUGUAUCUAUCUGUCUAUCUAUCUCAAUCAGUUCCUAUCUAUCUAUCUAUCUAUCUAUCUAUCUGUCUGUCUGUCUGUCUGUCUGUCUGUCUAUCUCAAUCAGUUUCUAUCUAUCUAUCUAUCUACGUCUGUUACUAUCUAUCUAUCUAA